UAUGAAAUCUCCAUAGUAGAUGUUAUGUGGUUAAUGCCUACAUGACAAAUCAUGUUUCGAACUUAAUUAAAAAGUACAAUGCAAAGAUGCAAAAAAUAAAAGACGUAUAGACUUUUAAUAUUGAAGUACGAAUAAAUAUAAAAAAAUAUUUCAAUAUUUCAAUAGAUAAUAUUCUUAUCACAUUUCUGUAGUUAUGAAAAUUUGUUGAUACAUCAUGACUUUUAACUUUUUUGUGUAUCUAUCCCCACUUUGCACGUACGGCGGUGUAACAUUUUAUCCUUAGGAUUAGUUAAGUCAGAUGCCCCGUACAUCGUAGACGUAAUUCACAAGAUUUAUACAACGUGAUUUAUCGAAUUCAUCUAUACUGAAUACAUUUAUUAUAUACAGAAUUCACGAUGUCCACUUCGAACACACCUCUUGUAGAUCCUGAGCUUUUUAAAACUUUUGCAUUUUGGGGCAGUAUACUUGCUAUAAAAUUACUCGCAAUGGCACCAUUAACAGCACGCUACAGAUUUAAAAAUAUGGCAUUUUCAAACAUUGAGGAUACAAAAGGAUUGAAAGGAGCAAAAAUUAAUACCAGUGAUGCAGAAGUUGAACGUGUACGCAGGGCACAUUUAAAUGAUUUAGAAAAUAUUCUUAUAUGGUAUAUCGUUACAUUUGCUUGGUUAACCACAGGACCUUCUGCAUGGUUAGCUACAAUUUUAAUCAGGAGUUUUGUAAUUGCUAGAGUUGGUCACACAAUAUCGUAUGUUAUUUUGUCAAAACAACCUCAUAGAGCACUAGCUUUCUUUAUAGGCUUCCUCAUUACUGUAUAUCAAGCAAUGAGCACUGUGUUGUAUUAUUAUUAAAAUGUUAACAUUCCAGUUUUAUUUUUAUAUAUUCUUUAAUUUUUGUAUAUUCUUUAAUUUUUGUUAACAUUGUAGUUAUUAAUAAAACGUAUUAAAAAGUUAAAUAAUAUUUUAGUUAUUUAAAACUCUAUCUGCAUCGAAAGAACUUAUUUCUUUUACCCUAAUAUCACUGGUUUAAAAAUAAAUUGUAGAUAACUGCUAAUACUGUACCCAUUAUCAUGACUCUCAUUUCGUAUAAUGAUAAUAUAAAGCUUUACAGCAAUUUGUAUGCCAAUGAAAUCAAUAUAAAUUUUUUGCAUUUAAUAUGUUUGAAUUGAUGUAUAAUAUAUUCUUGGAAUAAAUCUUAUUAAUCUAGAUGUAGUUGAUGAAAAUGUCUUUGAACAUAGUUUAAUACCUAACAAAGACAUACUAUUAGAUUAAAGAUUUAAUUUUUACUUUAGGAGCAAUGUUUACUCAAAGUAUAG